AAUGAUAUCCAAGCUAUUAUGAAAUUUUUUUUUGCUUACAUUCAUUAAUUAAUAUUUUUUUCACUACAUUAAUAUUUUCUUUUUAGAUAAUUUCACUAUAUUAAUAUUUGUUGUCAUUUAUAUUCAUAUUUCAUUAUUUUUUGGAACAACAAAGAUCUAUUCCUAUUCUCCAUCAAAAAAUAUAUCUAUUCCUAUUUCAAUGGAUGUAGAAAGUGUGAAGAAGCUUGGAACCUCUUUGACAGUGCCUUCUGUCCAGGAACUUAUAAAGAAACCCAUAACCAAAGUUCCAGAAAGAUAUAUUCAACAAAACCAAGAAACUCAUGUUGUAUCUAGCAAAAUCUCUUUACCACAAGUACCUGUUAUUGAUUUGAAUAAGUUGUUGACUGAAGAAGAUGGAACUGAACUAGACAAACUUGAUCAUGCAUGCAAAGAAUGGGGUUUUUUCCAGCUAAUCAAUCAUGGAGUGAAUUCUUCAUUGGUGGAAAAUUUCAAAAAACUUGUUCAAGAUUUCUUCAAUCUAUCAGCAGAAGAGAAGAAAGUAUUUGCACAGAAAAAAGGAGAUAUGGAAGGUUUUGGUCAGAUGUUUGUUGUAUCAGAUGAAGUCAAACUUGAAUGGGCUGAUGUAUUCUACCUAAUCACACUUCCAACAUACAUAAGAAAUCCACACUUGUUUCCUAAUAUUCCUCAACCAUUCAGAGAAACCAUAGAAAAGUAUUCUUCGGAACUCAAAAAACUAAGUGUGACAAUAUUUGAGCUUAUGGCAAAAGCAUUAAAUAUACAAGCGAAUGAAUUGCUAGAGUUUGUUGAAGAUGGAACUCAAGCAAUGAGGAUGAAUUACUAUCCUCCAUGUCCUUAUCCAGAACAAGUUAUUGGACUCAAUCCUCAUUCUGAUGCUGGUUGUCUUACAAUCCUUCUCCAAGUCAAUAAUGAAAUUGAAGGCCUUCAAAUUAGAAAGGAUGGAAUGUGGGUUCCUACUAAGCCUCUCCCAAAUGCUUUUAUCAUCAACAUUGGAGACAUCCUAGAGAUAAUGACCAACGGUAUUUAUCGAAGUAUUGAACAUCGAGCAACAAUUAAUUCCGAGAAGGAGAGAAUUUCUAUUGCCACAUUUCAUAGUCCUAACAUGAAAACAAUUAUUGGUCCAGCACCAAGCCUUAUUACAAAAAACUCUGCAAUGUUCAAUAACAUGAGUUGUGAAGAUUUCUUUAAAGGAUAUUUCUCACGCCAGCUUGAAGGGAAAUCAUACAUUGAUAUCAUGAGGAUUCAAAAUAAGUGAUUUUAAUCAUGCAUUGGGCUUUAAUGCGUUGGAACAUUAAAACAAGAUUAUAGCAACCAUAGUCAUGAAUAAUGCUAGUUUUAAUUUACUCUAUGUUUAAUUAGUAAUGAAUAAUGCUAUCGACACAGUCUUUAGUACACACUUUUUAAUACUCUCUGCAAAAAUUAUUUUUUAGAUUCAUUGAAAAACUAAUGUAUCUAACCUAUAUUUAGACUAGAUACAUUUGUUUUUCAAUGAAUCUAAAAAACAUUGUUUGCUUAUAUAUAAAGUCGGGGAAGUACUAUUUUAUCAGUUAAAAUUCAUACAAGUUCCACUUAAUUUAUAUGGAAUACAUAUAAUUCAUUGGGACUCAUGUGAAUUUUAAUUAAUAAAUUAAAAAAAAGUGUGUUAGUGACAAUGUUGUUGCUUAGAGAUUGUGUUGCGGCUAGACUUAUUUCCUUUGAAUUUAAAGAGAAUAUUCAAUAAAUUUGUUUGAUUUCAUAUGCUUAA